GAGCCCGAGGACAACGCGUACUGCUGUUUGUAAAUAACUACGGGAACAGAACAGAAAAAGCACUUUUUGGACAUCAGCUGUCAAGGGAAAACACCUGUCGACUUGGUACAGUAAAAAGUUGUUCAAACUAUUUUGGACGUUUCUUUUCUCUUCUUUGACAUCAUUUUUUGCCUCAUGUAAUAUUACGGAGAGAACAAGAUUAACGGACGUUAAACUGUACAGACUCAAAAAAACAAAACAAAAAAACAAAAACGUCCGACGUAGCUAAUUUCUGUUCACAUGUCAACAAAAAUGGAGCAACCGUUUUAUCAUGACGACUCGUUUCUUUCUGCUUAUGGUCAUCCAGACGCUGCCCUGCACGACUACAAGCUUUUAAAGCAGAACAUGAGCGUGGGCUUCGCCGAACCUUACCGGAACCUCAAGUCCCUCCGCUCCGAAAGCGACUUCUACACCGCGGCGACCGGAGACGUGGGCUCGCUGAAACUCGCCUCUCCGGAGCUGGAGAGACUCAUCAUACAGAACGGUAACGGUGUCAUCACAUCACCCACCCCGGGGCAGUAUCUGUACACCCGGAGCAUCACAGAGGAGCAGGAGGGCUUCGCCGACGGCUUCGUGAAAGCGCUGGACGAGCUCCACAAAAUGAACCAAAUGCCCCCGCCGAACGUGUCGAUCGGAGCCGGAGGACUGUCGUCCUGCUCGGCGGCUUCGUCCGUCUUCGGCGCCUCCUUGCAACCGGACACCCCCGUGUACACCACUCUAAACAGCUGCAAUCCCAACACUAACCUCACACCAGCUGCAGCCAACUACCCGACAGCCACCAUCAGCUACUUGCCUCAGUACCACCACCACCACCACCAUCACCACCAUCAGAACGCGACGCAUCCUCAUCCUCAUCCUCAUCACUUCCAGCACGCGCUCCAUCAACAGCGACUUAAAGAGGAGCCACAGACCGUCCCUGACCUGCAGAGCAGCGACGGCUCUCCUCCCAUGUCCCCGAUCGACAUGGAGGACCAGGAGCGCAUCAAAGCGGAGCGCAAGAGGCUUAGGAACCGGCUCGCGGCCACCAAGUGCCGGCGACGGAAGCUGGAGCGCAUCUCCAGACUGGAGGACAAAGUGAAAAUCCUAAAGACUGAUAACGCCGGACUGUCCAGCACCGCGUCCCUGUUGAGGGAGCAAGUGGCCCAGCUCAAGCAGAAGGUCAUGACCCAUGUGAGCAGCGGCUGCCAGCUGAUGUUAACGCCGAAGAUCAAGUCGUUUUAAAACGAACUGCUGCGAUUACACACAGACUCUGAGAAAUGGGAAACACUGGAAGAGCAGAUCAUGUUUGUGAUGUUUUGAUGCAAAUGCUAGGGACCCUUUUCACACACAGGCUGAAAUCAGGCUAUAGCGGUGAAUGAGAGACUACAUUAAAUAUAUAGUUUUUGUGUUUUCGUUUGCUCAAAUAGCCAAAGUUUUUUUUUUUUUUUUUAAAUGACAAUUUAAAAAACUCUGCUGGAUUUGUGAUGUUGGUGACACGCGUGAUGACGCGUUUUAACUAUCAUCAACAUCGAAAGUCCUGAAAAGUUUUUAAUAGUUUCUCAUUUUUUUUAAUGUCUAUGAAUGGGGUCCAAUGCAGCACUGAAUACGAGCGUUGUAUAUUUCUUAAGUGUUUUCUUGUAGAAAACUAUAUUGUUAUUAUAGUCGUUUUUUAAAAAAAGCAUCUUGACCGACAAGGUACUCCUGACUGGACAAUGAAAGCACUUAAAGUGAACCCUGAGUGACUUUGGUUUUGUUGUUAAUGUGCUGCCCUAUGAAAACAUUCCAGUAAGUUAUUAUUGAUAUUGUGAGUCCGGUUGAGCCAGACCAUUUAAAUGUGUUUCUGUUUGUUUUGUUUAUAUUUUUGAUAUUUAAGUAAAGGCGUUUGAAAAUAA